CUUCUGCCAUUGGCCUCCUCUCGGUGCAGACAGUUCCUCUAUUCGCCCUCCCCAACUGCCACUCAGGAGCCAAAGUGCCCGAAGAGCACUGUGUCUGCUGCGGAUACAAGGACAGCGGAGCUGGGUAGGGCCCGGUCUGGAUGCGCAGUGGACUCUUAGGGAGAACAACAUCACCGUUUUUUCUUUCCCCCCCAAAUCGUAAUGGGUAUCUUGUCGAAAUGCUUUUGGCACGUUUUGAUGGAAGCACGCGUUGCCACCAAUGCAAGCCCCUCCGUGUGCAGUGAUAGCAGUCCAUUGAGGCCAAUAAGGAGCUCCCACUGUUUUGCAGCAUCUCCGGCGUAGACAAAUUGUUGCACCAAAUGCAACGUUUUUCUCACUUCGGUUCCGUCGGCCGUUGACUUUAAUCGUUUUGUGCACAUUUCCAAUCGCCUCUAUCAUCAGCAAAUCUGCAGGGGAGCGCCAUGCUGACCAGCAUCACUGAAGGGAUUCUCUGCUGCCUGACCGGGAAGGCUGCCAGUCUGGUCUUGCCCCUGGAGUCGUCAGAACCCUCUGAUGGAUUUGAGUUUGUUGAGGUGAAACCUGGGAGAGUCCUGCGAGUGCGGCACAUUGUCCCUGGGCGUCAACCCUUAGUGACAGAAGACCAAGUUGCAGGCAAAGAGAAGGCGGAUGGUGACCGCGAUGAUGAGAGCACUCCUGGGGCUCAGGAAAGCAGUACAGGCAGCAGUGUCCACUGUAAGCGGAAGAUCACUGUUUACCGCAACGGUCAGCUGGUGAUCGAGAAUCUGGGUGACGUUUUGCACUCUGAGAUCCUGCAGUGUCAGGAUGGUGAUCUGGAGCCCUGUAGCACUGUGGAGGUGGAGCUGGCUGACUAUAAAGAAAUUGCCUCCUCUCCGGAACCCAAACCUGUUCCUCCUCCAGUUCCUCCGCCACCCGGGGAACAGAAACCUGCACCACCUCCCCGCCGUCGCCGCCGCAAGCCCAAGCGCACAGUGUCUAUUGACUCGAAGAGGGUGAUCUCGAGCUGCAAAGGCACGCACUCAGACGUAGCGCUGUUCUUUGUGCAUGGCGUAGGAGGCUCGCUGGACAUUUGGGGCAGCCAGCUGGACUUCUUCUCUCGGCUGGGCUACGAGGUCAUCGCACCGGAUCUGGCGGGGCAUGGAGCCAGCACUGCCCCACAGAUUGCAGCAGCUUACACCUUUUAUGCCCUGGCAGAGGACCUACGCGCCAUCUUUAAGAGAUAUGCUCGUAAACGCAACAUUCUCAUUGGCCACUCAUAUGGAGUGUCAUUUUGUACCUUCCUGGCCCAUGAAUAUCCUGAUUUAGUCCAUAAGGUGGUGAUGAUCAAUGGAGGAGGACCCACAGCUCUGGAGCCCAGCCUCUGCUCCAUAUUCCAGCUGCCAUCUUGCGUCCUUCACUGUCUGUCACCCUGUCUGGCCUGGAGCUUCCUCAAAGCGGGAUUUGCCCGUCAGGGCACAAAAGAAAAGCAACUGCUGAAGCAGGGCAACGCCUUCAAUGUGUCUCCGUUUGUCCUGCGAGCCAUGAUGAGUGGUCAGUACUGGCCUGAGGGGGAUGAGGUCUACCAUGCUGAGCUCACAGUUCCCAUCCUUCUGGUUCAUGGCAUGUGUGACAAGUUUGUGCCCAUGGAUGAGGACCAGCGCAUGGCAGAGAUCCUCCUGUUUGCCUUCCUAAAAGUCAUUGAGGAAGGCAGUCACAUGGUCAUGAUGGAGUGUCCUGACACGGUCAACACUCUCCUCCACGAGUUCUUCCUAUGGGAGCCUGACAUGUCCAGAAAAGACAGCAGCACGACAGACGCGGAGAAGACAGUGGCUGUCAGUGACACUUGCCACACACUGAAAAUCAAUAAGCCUGUGGAUAAAUAACCGACAAGGAGUCUGUCUUAUCACAGAACCAAGCAGAGGGCCUUUUUUGGCAUGUGUUCUUAAGGCUGUUCCCAGGCAGAGAGCUGUUAAAUACAGGGCCACAUCUUAAGGAUGCGGGCGGCCACUGGUGCUUCAAGAUAAAGCAGGACUUGGGGCUUGGUGCCAACUAGAGAACGAUGGAACAAACUUAAAGAGGAGAUGAACAGAUGCAAAUACACAGACUGUUUCUGCUUCGCUUUUUGAUACGAGUCUGUGCUCCAUCCCGUUAUGUUUGCAAAACGACACAACACAUGGAGACUAUGUAAAUUUGUGAUUUGUGUUAGGAAAUGUUUCUGGUUAAGAACUGAUUACUACAAGAUGCAAAAGGCAUCAAAUCCAUGAAAGAGUGUCUGAAUUUCCUCACCUUUAUCUCAAAUAUUCUGUACUGAACAGAGCUUCUGUUCUGCCAUUAUGAAAUGGUUGUUAACUUAUCAUUGGGCCCAUCUUACAUCUGCUUCCAGUGAGAACCUGGCGAAUGUAUUGGAUGGAGGAAUUGCAAAUGCCAGAAGGAGGGCUUACAAUAAAAUGUAGCUGUUGUUAUAAUCAUUUAAUAUCAAAUAGAUGCUGAAAGGAAAUGGAUGGAAAACAUGAAUGUGGAUGUACAUUCAAAAUGUAAUUCAUAAUUGCAUCACAUUCACACAUAAAUUACAGGGAGCAACAAUUCAGUGUUCACCUGCAAACCUAUUUACCAUGUUCCUUUACUGUGCAGUCUCCACCAUCAAACUCACACAAACAGCUUUUGUCGGGGAAAUUGGCCCAUCUUUUUCCAAAUUACAUCACUUUAUUUUUAUUUUUGUUGAACUAUUAUGUAAAUUCUGAAUCCAAAAAGGUAUGUGUGGCUAUGCUAAGCACAAUGUAAUCAAUUCAUGAAGUCAUAGUUGCAUGUAAAUUAAGUAUCCAAUGAGAAAAACAUGUUAACAAACAUGGAUGCCAUAUGAUUCUCCGCCGUUAAUAUAGAAGCCAUUUCGUCAAAACUAUCCUAUCCUAACAAAGCGCAGGGGCCCUGCAUGAGUUCAGAAUAUGAAGAGGUAUGAGGUUUGUAUCAGACAGUUGCAGUUUAUUCUCAUCUUGGAAAAAAUUCCCAGUGCACUCCUCUCUAAUCAAAUGAGUGUUCCUCUUAACGUGUGAGUAUUAUUUAUAUCCUGAAAUAACAGCUACUGCCAUAACAAACUGGUUGUAUUGACCGCUUUAAGCUGCUGUGUCUCUUAGCUGAAAAAUGCAAACCAAGUGUGUGUAGUUCACCCUAUUUAUCUGACGGUGUCAGACUGAAGGAAUAAGCUGAACAUGAUGCUCACUGAAAGACAUUCAUUCGUGGAUGUUGCUUUGUCUCAUAGUGGGACAGUAAUGUGCGAGUAAAAGCACAGUUGAUUAUGCUCCCCAACAGUGCUUAUCUGUUGCCUGGAUCGUUAACACUGUUUUGAGUGGCAGAAGGUGUAAAAUGGUGGAUUUGAAACUGGUGUCCAAUGCUAAAAAUCAAAUAUGAAUCAUCCAAAGGAGAAAUUCCCCUUAAAAAGAGGGGCAUUUUCACCACGCUGGUUGUUAAAUAUGCAUUUUGACGGACUACUGAUGCAACAUGACUGGUCUUAUGCAAAUGGGAUAAAUAGAGAGAAUUAAAAUGGAAAUCGACUGACCUGGCACUGACACCUCUAAAACCUACAUAUUCUCUUUCCAAAAACCAACAAGUGCUGCUGAUGCAAUGUACUGUAUGUUUCCUUUGGUGUAAUAGGUCAGUAAAACUGUAUGGACUACAGGGUGCACAUGUACUUCCUCUUAUGCUAAAAGUGUGCAUAUACAAAUUGUCAGUGCUCAUAUGUGCUAUAUCUUUUGUCGUUAACAAAGUGUGUUAUCGUUGCAUUUAUUCAUGGGAAUCAUAUUAUAUGCACUACCUGAGUAAAGAUGCAUAUGACAUUAUAUAUCCUAUGAAAACAGUUGGGUUCAGUGUAUGAAUGUGCCAUUCCUGGCAUGAAAUAAAACAGAUGUUCACAGUC